AUGGCACAAUCUUGUCGUUUUCUCGUUCUUACAUUGUUGGUAUCGUUUGGUGCAUUAAAUUGUGCAUCGUGUUUGAAUCUCACAUACCCAGACUUUUCUGAAGAAUAUAAAGGAGAUUUCAAAGACAAAGGAAACUCGGCCAUAGUGAAGGAGGCUCUUCAAGUAACAUAUGAUCUUAAUGAUGACACACUACUCACCGAUCUAUCAGGAAGAAUCUUGUACAAAAAUCCUGUUAGGCUGUGGAAGAAAAAACAAGUGGCGUCUUUUAACUCAACGUUUGUAUUCAACGUAUCGCCUGUGAAAAAUCGGGUUGGUGCCCCUGGUGACGGGCUAGCUUUCAUCUUGACGGAAGAAAUGGAGGUCCCUCAUAAUAGCAUGGGUCAAUGGCUAGGGAUAGUGAAUGUUAGUACCAAUGGAUCCUCUCAUAGAAGCAUUGUUGCAAUAGAGUUUGACACCAAAAAGAGCUUCCCGGAUGAUCUUGAUAAUAACCAUGUUGGUUUGAACAUCAACAGCAUAAAUUCGAGAAAUAAAGCCUCGUUGAACAGUACAGGCAUCACUAUUGCGAGUGAGAGAAAUCUCACUGCGAUGAUCUUAUAUGAUGGUGUGAAAAAAACGAUGAAUAUAUCUGUUUUUAAAGGGCACUUUGUGUUGGCAGAUCCUCCAGUUUUGUCGAUUUCUGAUAUCGAUCUUAGCAAGUAUCUUGUGGGAAAGGUAUAUGUCGGGUUUUCUGCUUCAACCGGAGCAGUAUCAGUUGAACGUAAUUGUGUUCUAGAAUGGUACUUUUCCAUCGAUGACAUAGGUGAAGAUCCGAAGAUUCCAAUAUGGGGUUGGAUCAUAAUUUCAGUGAGCAUUGUGUUCGCCUUAUGUGGAGUACUUGGUGGGUGGUUGUUCUUCUGCUACAAAAGAAAACCUAAGCUUGAUGGUCAUGAUUUACCGAUCAUUUCUGGAGUGGGUCCUAAGAAGUUCAAGCUCAAAGAUCUAAAGGGUGCAACCGGGAAUUUCAGUGAGAAUCGUGAACUUGGGCGAGGAGCGUUUGGGAUAGUAUACAAAGGGACGGUGGAAGGACGGUUAGUGGCGGUUAAGAGAAUUAAAAACACCCCAAAAGGUCUACAGAAUUUGGUUGCUGAAGUCACCACCAUUGGAAGUCUUCAUCAUAAGAAUCUUGUGGAGUUGAUUGGGUGGUGUUAUGAGGACCGAGAACUCCUUUUGGUGUACGAGUAUAUGCACAAUCGAAGCUUAGACACGCUCCUCUAUGGCGAGGAUGGGAAGUUAAGUGAGGCGAAACCGACACAAGAUACAACACUAAGUUGGAAGAAGCGAUACAAUGUUAUCUGUGGUGUUGCUCAAGCUUUGGAUUAUCUUCAUAAUGAGUGCUUAAAAAGAGUACUACACAGGGACAUCAAAGCGAGCAACAUAUUGUUGGAUUCCGACUUCAAUGCUAGACUCGGUGAUUUUGGACUAGCUCGGAUGUUCAAGCGUGAGAAGACUCAUUAUUCCACAAAAGAAAUUGCGGGGACACCAGGGUACAUGGCUCCUGAGCUAUUCCUAACGGGAAAAGCUACCACAGAAACGGAUGUUUUUGCCUUUGGUGUUCUUGCACUAGUGGUGGCCUCAGGGAGAAAACCCGGAAGUCAAAAUGAGGACGAUGAGAGUAUCCAAAACAUCAUAGAUUGGGUGUGGCAACAUUACUCGAUGGGGACGAUUAGUAAUGCCAUUGACCCUAAAUUGAAGGGAAAUUGUGACGAGAGGCAGGCAAAAUGCAUGCUUUUAUUGGGUUUGGCUUGUUGUAAUCCAAACCCAAACUUAAGGCCAUCAAUGGGUUAUGUUAUGCAGGUUCUAAUAGGGGAAGCAAGUUUACCACAAGUCCCAUUCGAGAAACCUGCCUUUGUGUGGCCAGCGCCUUCUCCUUCGUUCACCCAUGAGGAUUCGUCUAGCGGAGGAGUGCUCAGUAUUAUAACUACCCUGGAUGGAAGGUGA